CUCACAAAAGUCCACAACAAAAAAAGGUAAAAUUACUUGAUCAAAAAAAUUAAAUAAUAGAUGACAGAGGGAUAAAAAUGACAAACGGAAAUAUCUAUUUUGUUCUCCUAACUCCCAAUUCUAAUUCCUUCAUCGGGUAGACCCAAAAACAGUGCUUCCUCUUCUCUCUCUGCGGGAGUUCUCUGGCAAACCCAGUUCCCGGGUCGAUACCCUUUAUCGUUAUCAGCCUAUCAGAAAAUGUUUAAGAUACCAGAUCAUCAGGUUGCUGGCCACCAAGCCAGUAAUGGAAUCAUUGGCCCUCUCAUAGAUAAUUCAGGGCGCUUCUACAAGCCUCUUCAAAGUGAUGACCGUGGCUCCCAGGAGGUGGCGUUCUAUACAAAAUUCUCUUCCAACAAUGAAAUUCCAAAUCAUAUACGCAAAUUCUUCCCCACCUAUUAUGGCACUAAAGAUAUAGAGGCAUCUGAUGGAUCUGGUCUCCGUCCCCAUCUCGUCAUGGAAGAUAUUGCUUCGAUUCGUACUAAUCCUUCUCUAAUGGACAUUAAAAUGGGAUCUAGAACAUGGUUCCCGACAGCUUCUGAAGAUUAUAUCAUGAGAUGUCUUAAGAAAGAUAGAGAAACAACAAGCUUGCCCUUGGGAUUUAGGAUAUCUGGAUUUCAGAUUUAUGGAAGUGAAGACUCUGGAUAUUGGAAACCGGAGAGGAAGUAUGUUCUGGGGUUUAGUACAAAUGAUGUUAGAAUAGCUCUUAGGAAAUUUGUUUCAUCUAAUUCGUCAGAUGAUUUAGUUCCAGAACCAGACUGUGCGUUUGCAGAAACUGUUUAUGGUGGUGCUGAUGGGGUCUUGGCACAAUUGUUGAAGCUCAAGGCAUGGUUUGAAGAUCAAACCAUUUUCCAUUUCUAUUCUUGUUCGGUUCUGAUGGUUUUUGAGAAGGAAGCAACUCUAAAAGGGGAGGGCCCAGGAGCUACAAUUAAACUGAUUGACUUUGCACAUGUGAUCGAAGGUGAGGGUGUUAUUGAUCAUAACUUCUUGGGUGGACUUUGCUCUCUGAUCAAGUUUAUAUCAGAGAUUCUUGAAAACUUGCCCCAGAAUUCAGCCCAAGUUUCUGCCUAUUAAUGGGUACAAGAUAUUACUAGUAUCUCUUGGUAUUUUACUUCUGGUUAAAGUUGAAAGUUAAUUUUACUUGGCUAAUUUGUGACUGGCCAAGAACUGUAUUUUUUUUUUAAAAAAAAUGUGCCAGCAUUGUGCUUUUGUAUUUCUGAAGUUUUUUAUGCUUGUUUAAACAUAAAAGGGGAAACAAUAAUCCAUUUGUAAUUUGUUUUCUUACAAUGUUUUGCUUUUGGCAAGAAAUUCUGGUCUUUGGAACAGGGGUUACUUUCAAUAAACCUUCCAAGUUCCAAUAUCAA